CGUAACUCUUCUAUUAUAUGGCUCUGGGUUGAACGUGCGUUCACGGGCAAAGACGUCACAAUCCGCUUGAACUCUGAGUAUGGAGGUCAUACACAUGCAGGUGCUGAACAGUGAGCGGCUGCAGGCUCUAGAAGCCUGGUUGAUGGAAACGGACACAAAGCUGGCUCAGGUGAACGGCCAGAGGAAGUAUGGAGGACCGCCUGCGGUGUGGCACCUGCCCCCCCCAGGAUCCGGAUGUGAGGUUUUCAUCAGCCAGAUCCCGCGGGACACCUACGAGGAUGUGUUGAUCCCCCUGUUUGGCUCUGUGGGCCCCCUCUGGGAGUUCCGCCUCAUGAUGAACUUCAGCGGGCAGAACCGCGGCUUCGCCUACGCCAAAUACAGCUCACCAGUUGUAGCGAACGGUGCCGUGCGCCUGCUGAACGGUCACAGGCUGGAGGCCGGCCCCCACCUCAGUGUGCGCCUCAGCACAGAGAAGAGUCGCCUCUGCAUCGGAGAGCUGCCCGCCAGCACCCAGCUGAACCAUCUGCUGCAGGUGCUGCGUGGCAUGGCGGACGGGGUGGAGAGGAUCUCGCUGAAGGCAGGGCCUGGAAUAGUGGGGGUGUCUGCUAUAGUCGUCUUCUCAUCCCACUAUGAUGCUUCUAUGGCCAAGAGGGUGCUGGUGGAAGCGUUCAAGAAGCUUUUUCAGUUGAAAAUCUCCCUCAAAUGGCAGUCUACAAUGAAGUCGACCACUGACGAGCCCCCCCCCUCCACACAAUUAUCUAAAAGCCUCUUUCCGACCCCCCUGAAGCUGCCACGCCACGUCCUCACCCCUCCGAGCCCCCCUCCCCGCCUGGCCCGCCUUCCAUCCAGGGAUGCCAGGGAAUUAUGCAAAGCAGUGGGAGAACCCCCCCAGACCCCGCCCCCUCCCAGCUCCUCCUCCCUGGAGGGUUACCGCCCGUGCCCCAUGGUGCUGCUGUGUGAGCUGUGUGAGACCAAGGGUGUUGGGAAGCCACAGUACAAGAUUAAGAUGGGCCACGUGGGGGCCAGGGGCUUCAUAUGUUUCAUUUAUGAGGUGUCCGUCCCCGGGAUAACCCCCGACUUCGAAGGGCAGGUCGUGAUUUUACCGAGAUCCUCUGCCUACGCCACGGUGGACGAAGCUCGUAAGGCUGUGGCUCUGCAGGUUCUGCAUAAGAUCUGCAACUAAUAGCCCCCCCAGCUGAUCACCACCCCCUCCUGCAGCACUGUUUACUUUGUUAAUGUUAUUUACAGAUAGGUGUUCUAUAUUUUUAUCUUAUUUUAUCUGCAUGCUUUUAUUAUACUUCACUUGUUUGUCGUUCCACUUCAGUGUUUUAUUUGUGCAUGCUUUUUACGUGUUACUCUUUAUUGGUUCCUCAUUUUUAAUAAAUGAGAUUGAAAAGAAAAUGUGAUGGUGUUUCUUCAUGUAAAGUAUGGAGUGAAUGAUUUAUGUUAACUCUUUACUGCGACUGAUUAUGACCACUUGCACAGAGUGGGGAUUAUCAACAGGAAGAUGCUUUUCUGCAAACAGGUUUUAUUUAACCCAGGCUAUCAUAAUCCUGGCCAUUCUGACCCAGAUGUGUUAAUCCUAGAUCAAGUUAUCUUGAUCCGAAGUGUGUUCUCACUUUGCAAAAUGUCCCUGAGCCUUCACUGAGUCCAUGGGUGUUUCUCAAUGUCGAGGAAGGCUCCUCCAGAGCCACCAUUUCAAGGAUGCUACGUCAUCGAGUCCCGCCGAAGGACUGUUCCAAUGUCCAGGUUCCUUGGAAUUCUACCGAGGACUGAGUCCUUCGUUGCGGGAAAUUUCGAGGCUGCACAUGUGUAUCCUCCGGUCUUAAAAUCCCCACAAUGCUUGGUGCAUGGCCCAAUUUCCCAAAAUCUGUGGCGGAAAAUUGACUCGGAAGACAUGUCCUACCAAGGAAGCGUCCUCGACAUUGAGAAA